AUGGCCUGGGGAAAGUCCGCCAAACCGGCAGCUCCGCCGUCCACUAUAAGCACCCUCCUCCCACUCAUAAUCCUCCUCGUCAUAGUCGGCGGCAUCGCGUUUGUCGCUUACCACGUCUGGGUCGCCUCGCAAAACAUUGGCAAGCAGGCCAGCGCAAAGAUGGGCAAGAAAAACGUCAUUUUUAGCAAAGACGGCAUGCGCGUCGGCGUGCGCCACGUCGAGAACGAACGGUACGUCGACGCGACGCAAAAAUGGGUCGUCAAGGCCUGGGAUCACGCGAGUAACACCAAGGGCGACGGGAAGAAGAGCAAGUAA